AUGGACAAUUCCUCACCUAGCCCUUCUUCUUCAGCAGCCACGGGUGAGGCCUCAGGGACCGACGCUGGUGGCCCCCCGUCGACGCGGGCAGUCCACCCGGCCUCGGCGACGACGGCCGCUGUCUUGGCAGCCGGGGGCCACCAGCCGACACCGACGCCUUCUCUGGGCAGCCACCGGGGCCGGCGUUCCGUCCUUGGCAUCGUCCGCGAGGCCGUCCUCACCUUUGGCAAGUUCGUCGGCCCGGGCUUCAUGAUUGCGGUGGCCUACAUAGAUCCCGGCAACUACGCCACCGGCAUCGCCGCCGGCGCCUCGUACCGCUUCCGCCUGCUGUUCAUAGUGCUCCUGAGCAACGUGUUUGCCAUCUUCCUGCAGGGCCUCUGUGUCAAGCUCGGCACCGUCACCGGGCUCAACCUGGCCGAGGCCUGCCGUGCCUUUCUGCCUCGCUGGCUGAACUAUGCCCUGUAUGCCAUGGCCGAGAUAGCCAUCAUCGCCACCGACCUGGCAGAGGUCAUCGGCACAGCGAUAGCCAUCAACCUGCUCAUCCCGCAGAUCCCCCUGGUGGCAGGCUGUGCCAUCUCUAUCCUGGAUGUCAUGAUCAUCCUCCUCUUCUACAACCCAAACGGCUCCAUGCGUGGACUCCGCGCCUUCGAGUCUUUUGUGGUUCUUCUCGUGCUCGCCGUCGUCGUUUGCUUCUGUAUCCAGAUGUCGCUGAUCCGCGACACGGCGGUUGCCGAUGUUUUCCAAGGCUACCUGCCGUCCAAGGCCAUCGUUGAGCAGCAGGGUCUGUACCAGGCUUGCGGCAUCCUGGGCGCCACGGUCAUGCCGCACAGCCUGUACCUGGGCUCCGGCAUUGUCCAGGCUCGGCUGAGGGAGUACGACGUCAGCAAGGGGCUGAUGCCCGAGGGCGGCGGCCCGAACUCGUCGUCCAUCAACGAGGACUCGGAGAAGAGCAUCUACAUUCCCUCCCUGCGCGCGAUCCGGCACUGCAUGAAAUACUCGAUCGUCGAACUGGCCACAUCCCUCUUCACCUUUGCCCUCUUCAUCAACUCGGCCAUCCUGAUCAUUGCCGGCGCAUCCCUGUACCGGUCCGACGAGGCGCAGAACGACGACAUCUUCGCCAUCCAUGACCUGCUUUCCGCGAGCCUGGGCAGGGGUGCCGGCAUACUCUUCGCGCUGGCGCUGUUGCUCUCGGGCGUUUCCGCAGGGAUCGUGUGCACCAUCGCGGGGCAGAUGGUCAGCGAGGGCGCGCUGUCGUGGAACAUGCGCCCCUGGCUCCGGCGGCUCAUCACGCGCUCCAUGAGCAUCACCCCCAGCAUCAUAAUCGCCGGUGCCGUUGGGAGGGAGGGCCUCGACACGGCACUGAACGCGUCACAGGUCGCUCUGAGCGUCGUGCUACCAUUCGUGUCGGCGCCGCUGAUCUAUUUCACCUGCAUGAACAAGUACAUGAAGGUCCUACCGGGGAGGGCUCGUUUCGCCGUCGAGGGCGAGAAUGACGACGCCCCCGGUGACCGCAACCGGUCUGACGACCCGGAGAACGUGAAGAUGGCCAACUCGAUACCGGUUGUCAUCAUCGCGGCGGUGAUCUGGUUGAUUAUCGCCGCAAUGAACGUGGCCAAUCUCGUACUGCUGGGCUUGGGCAAGGAAUAA